GAGAGGCUUCUCCGUCUAGCUUCUAUGAGGGCACAAUUUUUUGUACUUCAACCACUAUUGGAUGUUUCUGAAUUUUGGAGACAAAGGACGUGAUUUUGUGGUGAUCUUCCACCAUUAUUCGCUGUCUCUGGAAGUUGGGAGAGAAAAUGAUCUUUAAUCAUCAACCAUUGUUGGCUCUUUCUGAAAUCUACAGAGGAAAUGAGUGAAACAGGGACUGCCACAAGGGGAAGAGGAGAAGGGAAUCCAUGUCGCCAACAAGAAAAAUGCUGAUGAUUGUGAUGAUGCUGGUAAUAGCAAUGGCUGUUGCAGCAGCAAUAGUAGUAUGGAGAAUUAAAACAAGAAGAAGGAGGAGGAGACCAGCUGCUGCAUCAUACAUUGGGAGAGAAGAGACGGAGGAAAUUUUGGUGUCUUCUGCAGGAUUGCCUUCAGAUACAAAGGUACAUCGUGGUGAAUCUGAGGAAUGCCCUGCAACUUCUUGUUCGUCGCCCCCACCCGCUGCAGUUGCGGGAGAUGAGGGUGAGGACCGCGCAGUGUCUUCAUCAAGGUACCCUUCAGGUCCUUCAGCAUCAGAGGAUGGGGCUGGUUGUGUGUUUGAGUUUGAAGUGUUCAUCAGCUUCAAAUGGCAAGACACGGCCAAUGGCUUCUGUUGGCAACUCCAUGAGGCACUCAAGCAGAAAGAUGUAGGUGCUUUCCUCAUGAAUGCCGAUGAUGAGAUGUUGAACCCACGGGAUAUGAGUGAGAAGGCAUCUGAGGCCAUGAACAAGGCGGAGGUCUUCAUACCCAUCUUCUCCAAAGGCUAUGCGGGGAGCAGAUCCUGCCUUGACGAGAUGGCCAAGAUUGUCGAAUGCAAAAAAUUGAUGCUUCCUGUGUUCUAUGACAUUGAGCCAAGAGAAGUCAGAAACCAAAAGGGACCAUUUGAAGCCGCCUUCAAGAGAUAUGAACAGGAUGACGGAUUGGACAAGAAGAAGGUGAAGGCAUGGAGGGAUGCUCUUAAAGAAGCAGGGGAAAUCAAGGGAUACGAUGUGAAGACCGACGCGGAAGGGCAAGAGAGAAAGCUUAUACAGUUAAUUGUUAAGAGGGUAAUAGAUGGAGUAAACAAGAUGUCCGUUAAUGUAGCUAAGUACCCUGUUGGGCUUGAUUCGCGAGUGUCCGACGUGAUGGAGUUGUUGGAUCUACAAGAUUAUCGUUCUCGAAUGUUAGGUAUCUGCGGCAUCGGAGGAGUUGGAAAAACAACCCUUGCGAAGGCUAUCUACAAUAAAUUGUCUUCGAGCUUUGAGGCUCGCUGUUUUCUGUUCGGUAUUAAGGAAACAUCAAAAAAAUUCAAUGGGCUCGUUUCCUUGCAAAAACAGCUUAUUCUUGAAGUCCUGAAUGAUAAACAUACGACUAUAGCUAGUGUUGAUGAAGGAAUAAACGUGAUCAAGAAGAGAUUCCAUUGCAAGAGCGCUCUUAUUAUUCUCGAUGAUGUAGAUGAUAAUGGCCAAAUUAAGGCCCUAGCGGGUGCUAGAGAUUGGUUCCAUCCAAAAAGCAGAAUACUUAUCACAACAAGAGAUAUGCAUGUUUUGAAUUUGCAAAAAUUGACGAAAGAUGACAUUUUUCAGCUGGAGGAAUUGAAUGAUGAACAGUCACUUCAACUUUUCAGCUAUCAUGCUUUUGGACGGUCAAAGCCAAUAGCGAAAUACAUCAAAUUAUCUGAGAACAUUGUACAGUCUACAGGUGGACUACCAUUGACACUUGAAGUAGUGGGGUCACUGUUUUUUGACAAGAACAGUCUGGAGGAAUGGGAAGAUGUAUUGAAGACUUUGAGGAAGAAUCAGCCUAAAGAUGUUCACCAGAGUUUAAGAAUAAGUUACGAUAAUCUUGAUCUAACAGAGAAGGAAAUGUUUCUGGAUAUUGCAUGUUUCUUCAUUGGAAGGGGCAAGGAAAAUGCAAUCUACAUGUGGAAGGAUUGCAACUUUUUUCCAAUUAUAGGAAUUAAAGUCUUGCUGCACAAAUCUCUCGUUAAAAUUGCUGGCAGAGAGGAUGAGUUCGAGAUGCAUGAUCAGAUUCGAGACAUGGGUAGGCAGAUAGUUUUGCAGGAUAGGAGUCCUGGUCUGCGGACAAGGCUCUGGAAUAAUGACGAUAUAUUUGAUGUAUUACAACAUCAAACGGGGACAAGGAAUAUUGAAGGUGUUGUGUUCGAUUUAAAAGAGGGUGAUAAGAUGUGUUUGAACUCAAAGGAAUUUACAACUAUGCCUGAACUUAGGUUGCUUAAUGUGAGUUAUGCUGAAUUUGAAGGUGACUAUCAGCACCUUCCCAGGACACUCAAGUGGUUGGAAUGGAGAGAAUGCCCCUUGGACUCACUGCCGUAUGACUUUUACCUUGAGAAAGUCGUUGUCCUUGACCUAUCUUAUGGCAUGAUAACCAAAGUCUGGGAACAAGAAGGAGCAACAACCAAGGCAUUUGAUAAAUUGAAAGUCCUUGAUCUCAAUUGGUGUGAAAAUCUCACUGCAGCUCCAGAUUUUUCUAGCAUGCAAUAUGUAGUGAAGUUGGUAUUUGAUAUGUGUUGUGAGUUGGCUCAACUUGAUGACUCUAUUGGUCUGCUUAAGAGUUUGAGGUACCUGAGUAUGAUAGAUUGCAGAAAAUUGAAAAAAUUACCCAACAACAUUUGUCAGUUGCGUUCUCUUGAAAUUCUUGACGUCUCCCGUUGCUAUAAAAUUUCUGUAUUACCGGAACAGUUGGGAGAUUUGGAAUCAUUGAGUAGGCUUAUCAUUGAUCAAACUCGCAUAAUAGCUCUCCCAGACUCUGUGUCACUCAUGAAAAAACUGGUUGUGCUAUCGGUAGAAGGUUGUAAAUUACUCAGAGGGCUCCCAGAAUGGAUUGGAAGAGUUGAAUCUUUAAGAGAACUCAAAUUGCAGGAGUCUUGUAUAGUAUGGAUACCAGAAUCCAUUGGGUCUUUGACCAACCUGUUAACCUUAGAUGCUGCAGCUUGCAUGUCACUUCGGACUCUACCUGACUCAGUUGGCAAUGCAAAAGCUUUGAGGCAUCUUGAUUUGAGUGGUACAGCCAUUCAAGAGCUUCCUGAUUCCAUUGUGUCAUUGGAAAAGCUUGAGACAUUAUCUGUGCAUGGUUGUCCUAACCUCAAGGCCUUAACUUCCUCCAUUGGAUUGUUGAAAAAUCUUGAGAUGCUAUCACUGCAUAGAUUAGGUAUUAAAGAACUCCCUGAAAAUAUUGGAAGCUUAAGAAAAUUAAGAAAGUUAAUCUUAGCUUCUAAUCCUGAGCUGACCAUUCUUCCUUCUAGCUUUUUCCUUCUCACCUCUUUAGAGGAUUUGAAUGCUGCCGAAUGCAAUUGGUUGGAGGGGAUAGAUGGGAAAGAUUUUGGUAAAUUGUCUUCAUUGAGGGAACUGCACUUAAAUAGUAGCAGUUUCCGCAGCUUACCUUCAACUUUGUAUAGCCUUUCUCAUCUCACGCUACUGAAUUUACAUGAAUGCAAAAGGCUCCAAUUUCUCCCCAAGCUUCCCAGGUCCUUGCUGAGUCUUGCUUUAACAGACUGCAUUGCAUUGGAGAGUAUCUCAGACAUGUCAAACUUGAGUUCCUUGGCAAUACUAGAUUUGGAUGGAUGCUUGAUGCUCUAUGAUGUCCCUGGCCUUGAAAAUUUGAAAAGCUUGGAGAAACUGUCUGUGAAACACUGUAGCAGACUUUCUGAUACUUUAAGAAACAGGCUUAAGGUGGCGAAUUUUGAACGUUUAUCCCAGUUCUCAAUUUCCGAAUGUCUAAGGCUUGGGGACUUUGCAGAUUCGCGGCUCUCUUUUGUUAUCCCCAAAAUGUCUAGAAGCAGAAAGGUUCACUUGGAUCUGAAGGGAUGUUUCAACAGUGGUAAGGAGAUGUCUGUGGAUAUUGAAGUAACAGCAGGUAAACAUACUGUCUAUCGGAGCAUCGGGCAACAUGUUCUUCAGUUGGAUCAAUAUUGCCAAAUAACAUUCAGUGAGGACGAUGAAAUUCAUGAGCACAUGAGAGGUGGAUACGUGGUUGUCCACAUAGCAAGGGAAGGUCUGGGACAAGGCAAUAUCUAUGCAACCAUGGAGUGAGCUGAGUUUGUGAAGAGACUUACAGGUCUUGGAUUUGGACAAUUAAGCUUGUGUUUCGGCAGGCAAUUUAGUUUGUUUCCUGUCUCCUUGCAUUUAGGAAUGCACUGGGGUUUGUAGUGGAAUACGUCAGUGACCUCUUAAUUCAUUAAAAAACUUCACUGCAGCAGUUGAACGUGCCGCUGUCAUUGUUGUAGUCACCUGUUAAUCGUUGGGGCAAUGACCCUUCAACCUCUUAAGAACUUCUAUCAAUUUCCGUAGCAAGAACUUAAAUAGCAUUCAUGUCUGAAGAAUCAAAUUUAGCAUAUUCA